AUGGUUCGCCUUUCCAGUUUCGUCGCUUUCGGCGCGGCUCUUGUUGCCCCUCUUGCCCAGGCACAGGACUUGGAGACUUGUCUCGAGAUAGCUGGCCUUAUUACCUCCUUCCCCGAGACCAAUGCCUCCUUUCCUAACGACAUCCGCUCAUGGCAGCGCCGGAUCACUCCCACUCCGGCCGGCGUCGCUUGGCCUCGUACCACCCCCGAGGUCGCCGCCGCUCUCGCUUGCGCACGGGAGGCCAAGGUCGUCGUAGCCGCUCGGGACGGUGGCCACUGCUACGGCUCUUACAGUCUGCCAAACGGCGGCCUGACCCUGAACCUAACCCACUUCCAGAACGUCAGCUAUGACGACGCCACCGGUUUGCUCACCUAUGGCGGCGGCUCUCUUGUGAGCCCCGUUGUUAGCUGGCUCUGGAAGGAGCACGGCGCCCGGUUCCCCCACGUCCGCGCCAACAUGGUUGGCCUGGCCGGCUCCUCUAUCGGAGGUGGCUUUGGUUCCCUUUCUCGUAUUCUUGGAACUCCCAUGGACUAUCUCGAGGGUGCUACGUACAUGCUGUACAACGGCACCAUCGCGGAGUGCUCCCGCACCAAGAACCCUGAUCUGUUCUGGGCUCUUCAGGGAGCCGGCAGCUCCUAUGGCAUCAUCCUCAGCCUGACCACCAAAACCUGGAAGCCGACCUACCCCAAGGCCAUCGACUACACCAUCACCCUCAACGACACUACCCUUGCUACCGGUGUGGAUGCUCUUUUGACCAUUCAAGAUCAUGUCCUCACCGGCGCCUGGCCUGACGAGCUUACCCUCCGCUGGUCUCUGACUGCCCCGCCCUUCACCGGCUCUGGCUUCUACUGGGGCAACCCUGAGGAUUUCGACGAGUUGAUGAAGCCCCUUCUUGCCAAGCUUCCCGCAGGCACCAACCUGACCCGCAACAUCCAAGACUUCUGGGCUGUCGAGAACGUUGCCACUCCGUCAGUCGACAUCCCUGUUGACACUUUCCCUCCCCGCAGCUUCUACCUCCAGGCUCUCGUCCUCCGUGCAGACCAGCCCUUCACCAAGGAGUCCGCGACCGUGUUGUAUCAGCACACCACCUUCGCCUUCAACCGCACUGAUUUGACCAAGUUCGGCUUUAUCGACCUCUGGGGCGGCAAGCCCACCCGCGAGCUCAAGGAUGGAGACACCUCCUUUGCGCACGCCAACAGCCUCUGGCUCAUCCGCUGGGAAGGCCGUCUUGCCACCGGCUUGACCCAGUUCCCUGCGGACGGUCUUACUUAUAUGCAGAACGGCUUUGAGCCCUUCCGCCAGCAGCUCAAGACUGAGGGCGUGCCUCUCCGUGGUUUCGUCAACUACCGCGACACGGCUCUUACCGUUGACCAGUGGAGCGAGCGUCUGUACGGCAAGAACUUCGCCAAGCUCCAGCAACUCAAGACCGUGUAUGACCCCGAGGGCAUGUUUACCGCCCACCCCCAGAGCAUUCCUCUGCCUGGCCAGGAGCCCCCUGCUGCCAUCAACAAGUAG